AUGGCAAUCUAUAUCUGGUUAUGUUUUCUGGCACAGGCCUUUGCUGUUCUAUGGGCAGUGGCAUCUCCACUGUAUCAUAUUCAAGGCAAUGAUUGUGAUUUUUCUCAGGGAAGCUGGGUUGUUGAUGACCCUUACUACCCUCUAUAUGAUGCCUCAAGGGAUUGUCCUUUCAUAGGCCAAGGAUUUGAUUGUCUCAGAAAUGGUAGGCCUGAUCAAGAAUACCUCAAGUAUAGAUGGAAGCCCUCUGGUUGUGAUCUUCCAAGGUUUGAUGGAAUGAAUCUUUUGGAGAGUUACAGAGGGAAGAAGAUCAUGUUUGUGGGGGACUCCAUAAGCAACAAUAUGUGGCAGUCACUUAUUUGUUUGCUUCACAUUGCAGUCCCAAAAUCAAAUUACACCUUAACAACUCUAACAAAACAUCUUUCUGUAUUCUUAUUUCCGGAAUACCAAGCUUCAAUAAUGUGGUUGAAAAAUGGGUUCCUAGUGGAUGUGGUUCAUGACAGAGAAAAACGCAGAAUUGUAAAACUGGAUUCCAUUUCCAUUAGAUCUGGGAACAUGUGGAAAGGAGUAGAUGUAUUGAUUUUCAACACUUACCAUUGGUGGACCCACGCAAGAGAUUCUCAAACAUUGGUUCACUUUCAAUUGGGCAAUGAGAUAAUGGAAGACAUGGAUCCCUUGGAAGCUUACAAGAUUGGGUUAACCACUUGGUCUAAAUGGAUUGAUUCUAACAUUGAUCCCUCAAAAACUAAAGUUUUGUUCCAAGGAAUUGCUGCUUCGCAUUCUGAGGGAAAGGGUUGUCUCAAUCAAACUCGCCCAGAGCAAGGAUCAAAACCACAAUAUCCUGGUGCAGACACUGUGAAGAACAUUUUGAGUAGUAUGACAAAUCCUGUUUAUUUGCUUGACAUUACAUUCCUCACACAGCUAAGGAUAGAUGGCCACCCAUCUAUAUACACAGGCAAAGGCAAUGAUUAUGUGGACUGCAGUCAUUGGUGUCUAGCUGGUGCUCCUGAUACUUGGAAUGAAAUCUUAUAUUCUGCUUUGCUUAGACAAUAA